AUGGAAGUAAUUUUAUAUUAUCUCGAAUUUUUUGCAAUUGAUGAUGCCAUACUAUUAGCUGAACUUUAUAAUGAUACUGCUCGAUCCAGUGAUUCGCUGUAUUUAUUAGCACAUUGUUUUUUACGAGGUGGUCAAAAAGAAAAUGCUUAUAAAUUACUCAGUUUAAACGAAUUGAUAACGCCACAGUUGCGAUUCAUUUUUGCUAAAUGUUGCUAUGAUUUAAAUAAACUGCAAGAAGCAGAGAACGUUCUUCGAAUGGAUCGAAGCGCUCAGCUACAUUCAAUAUUUCAAGGAACUGUAGUUGAACCAUUUGCUCAUGCUCUUCUUGCUAGAAUUUUCAGCGAAUCAGGGCGCAUCGAUGAAGCAUUGAAAGAAAAUCGUUAUGGUUUAGAAGUGAAUUUGUUAUCAUGGUCGGCAAUAAAAACACAUUGUGAACUGGGAGCUACUGAUCUAGAAAAAAUCUAUCCGAAACUUAAUGCUUCUAUUUCAUCUGCAAAAAAUUAUUUAAAAGAUAAGACAAAUAGGGUAAUUAGCGAAGAUAAACCAGUCAAGGCCAAUAUAGGACCUAUUGUGAAAGAACUGGAUGAUAAAAGUGCCACCUUUGCUCCAAAAAAGCAACGAUCGACACUAAAUAAAAAGGAACUUACUGUUUCAAGGAGACGAAUGGAUAAUAGCAUAGAGAUACGACGUAGCACUCGUCUUUUUGCUUCAUCACAAGAUAGCGAAAAUAUGUCAGCAGUUAACAUAAGAAGUUCUUCGAGAACACGUACAGGAAUACUCACAGGUACAGCAGUGCGUAAUUCACAGGACAAACAGUUGAGAUCAAUGAAUCGGAUAAACGAAAUACAUGUAAAUAGGAAUAUUAUAUGUGUGCCUUCGUCACAACCACCUAUUAUUGAUAAAUUUACGGAAUCAAAUGACGAUUUAUCAGAUGCAUCUAUGAAUCUUAAACCAAUUGUUUCUAAAAAGAAUUGUUCAGGAUCGCAAGCGGUUGCUCCUUUAUCAUCACACAAUCAAAAUGCGCAAGAAAAGGAACAAAGAGGAGUUGGAGUGAUUAAAAGUAUAUCUUCAUUUUCAACUAAUCCUACUCGCCCACGUGUUCAACGUAAUCCACGUCUUAUUCAAAAGCCAAGAAAAUCUCUUUCACCUCAAGCACGAAAUAUCGUUCCUUCCACUUUAUCAUCCAUAGUAAAUGACAUUGCUUAUUGGACUCCUGUAUUCGCCAAUAUUGCGGAAAGCAUAUACCAUUUGGCACAAGUGCAAAGUGCUUUAUCCCAUUAUAAAAUACAUUUGGCUCUCGAGCGUUUGACACAAAUGCCUGAAACUUGUUCUAAAUCUGCUCUUGCAAAAGAACUUGCAGCCAGAGUUUAUUUAGAGAAACUAGAUUAUCAGAAGACUAAAGAAAUACUGGAAGAAGUUCAUCGCGAUUAUCCACAUAGAACAUCAGGAAUGGAGAUAUUAUCAACGGCUCUGUGGCAUACACAAGAUUCAUAUCGUCUUUCCACGUUGGCAUCAGAAUUAACGCAAAGCGCUCGUUAUAAUGCAGAAACUUGGUGUGUUGCUGGCAAUUGUUUUAGUGUUCAAAAACUGCAUGAUAUAGCAAUCGAAUGUUUUGAACGAGCCAUUUUACUUAAUCCUCAUUUUGCAUAUGCUUUUUCUUUAUUGGGGCAUGAAUUACUCGAUACAGAUCAAUUGGAUAAGGCAGCUUCUUCUUUCAGACGUGCUUUAUUGCUUUGUCCGACUGAUUAUCGGGCAUGGUUCGGACUUGGGUUGAUGCAUUUUAAACGAGAGCAAUUAUCUUUAUCACGUAUACAUCUUAAUCGAGCUGUCAGUAUCAAUCCUCAUAAUUCAGUGCUUCUUUGUCAGUUGUCAGUUGUUGAACAAGCACUUCAUAACAAUGAUAAGGCUAUGGAGUUGUUGGAGCGUGCUUUAUUCAUAUCACCGGAAAAUGUAGCAUGUCGCUUUUAUAAAGCGCGUCUAUUGUAUGAAAUGCAUGAAUAUGAAAAAUGUCGUGAAGAAUUGAAUGAUGUAAAAUUAUUUGCUCACGAUGAAGCGCAGAUUUUCUUUUUACUUGGCCGUGUGCAUAAAAAAUUGGGCAAUACUCAUUUGGCAUUAAUCAACUUUAGUUGGGCAGCUGAAAUGGACCCUCGUGGCGAACAAAGUCACCAUAAUAUUAACGAAGACCCAUAUGACGAUGAACCAACUCCAUCAAUGACCGAGUAG